UGGUGGAAAGGAGAGGGAUAAGCUUCGUUGUCUACUUAAAGCCGCGGGUUGUGCGCUUUCCUCGAAGGUGGAAGAGAGAGAGAGAGAGAGAGAGAGAGAGGAAACCUGAAGGUCCCGAAGGACCAAACCUUUGUGGGUUUGAAUUCAAGCAAUAAAAGAGAGAAAAAUCGUUAGUGGGUCUCUCUCUCUUCUUCCUUUUAAUUGUUGAGUCUCUCUUGUCCGUGAAUUUUAAGGGAGAAGAUGUUGGAAGGCAAAGCUCUGAUAGAGGACACAGACAUGCCAGUGAAGAUGCAGAUCCAGGCCAUGACUUCUGCUUAUCGAGCCCUUGAUCUCUAUGAUGUCUUUGACUGCAAAUCCAUAGCUGCCCACAUAAAAAAGGAAUUCGACAUGAUAUAUGGACCUGGAUGGCAAUGUGUUGUGGGUUCCAAUUUCGGUUGUUUCUUCACUCAUUCACAGGGAACUUUCAUCUAUUUUGCAUUGGAGACUCUCAAUUUCCUCAUUUUCAAAGGGGCGUCUGUUCCCCCUCCUCCUCCUUGCCCUGUAUACUAACAAAAUCUAACCAAGUAAAAAAUUUCCCAUCACUGUAGUCCUCCCUCUCUGUUUCCUCAUACUUUUUUUUUUUCCUGGUGUGGAUGGUGAUAUCCCCAUAGAGGAGGAGAAAGGGUAAGGGAAGAAGAAGGAAAGGGAGUGAGAGGGCAAGAGAAGAUGAAAGGGAAAUCCUAAAAUACCCAGUUGGGCUCUUUGGAUUCCUCUGCAACUUUUGCUUAGGAAUUCUUAGGCUUUAAAAGCAGAGCAUUUGUAGAGAUCUUUUGUAUGUAUAUACUGAUAUGAUGCAAGUAGUGGUUAUAAUGUCUCUA